ACGACUAAAGCGGUCGUCCAACUCCGUGAAAGUCAUCUAUUGUCCUGCUUCCGACUCGCAUCAGCUGACUAUAGUAGUUUUGCAAGGGAGAAAAAUGCGAUUCCGAUUUUGUGGAGACUUGGACUGCCCGGACUGGGUGCUGGCAGAAAUCAGCACAUUAGCGAAAAUAUCUAGCGUGAAGAUGAAACUGCUGUGUGUUCAAGUACUGAAGGACCUGCUCGGGGAAGGCAUUGAUUAUGAUAAAGUUUCUAAACUGACUUCAGAUGCCAAGUUUGAGAGUGGGGAUAUAAAAGCCAGCGUUGCGGUUCUGAGUUUCAUCCUCUCCAGUGCUGCUAAGCAUAACGUAGACAGUGAGUCCCUCUCCAGUGAGCUGCAACAGCUUGGGCUUCCUAAAGAGCACACAACUGGACUGUGUAAGUCAUAUGAAGACAAGCACUCCGCCCUGCAGGUGAAACUGAGGGAGAGCAGUCUGCGAUUGAGCCGUUUGGAGUCAGUGUCUUGGAGGGUGGACUACACUCUGAGCUCCAGCGAGCUGAGGGAGGUGAAUGAACCCACAGUACUGCUCAAGCUCCAGGUGCAGGGUGCCGAGUCAGGAGUAACAGAGACCAGCAUGAUCUCACUCACUGCAGAAAAAUUCCGCGUCCUGCUCACAGAGCUCAAGCAAGCACAGGCAGUGAUGAAUUCCCUAAACUGAAGAAAAGCUGUGAUUUUGUUUUUUUACCCUUGUCAUAUUAGGAUUUUACAUGUGUGUAUAUUAUACACAUAAACAGCCACUCUCAUAAUUAUCCUUCUGUGCUUUCUCAUUCUGUGUGAAUGGCUGUGCAAUGUGAUUUGUACCCUGAACAAUACAUAACUUAUAGAACUUAUAACAACAGCUGUACAAACAAUACUGUUGUAUAAUUGUGCAUUCAUGUGUAUUGGGAGUGAUUGGGUCAUUUAGUUCCUUUUCCAAUAUGAGAUUAAUUUUUACACUGAGAGAAUUAAUUUGUGUACGUCUUAAUAGAUGUUCAAAAGUACCAUAAAAUGUAUGUGUACAAAAGAAUUGUAGCGUUGCAAUCCUUAAAUGUUACUUCUGCAGGUGAUACUCUGUCAUUGAGCACGUUUUUGUGUUACUGUGGAGAAAUGUGUAAAAUAAACCGCCUUCUGUUGGACCAAAAUUAAAAGAUAAAUGACAAAUCAUCGCA